AUGGUAAAUUAUGCUAGAAAAUGUUCAUUAAUAUCAAUUGGUCGUCAAGGUGACUCUUAUUAUGAAUAUCUUUUAAAAAUGUGGAUCUAUACAGAUGGCGAAGAUGAAAAGUAUUCAAGAUAUUUAAAAACCUCUGCAGAUUUAAUAAUCGAGCACCUAUAUAGAAAAACUAAAGCUGGAUAUGGCUUUAUUGGUACUCUUAAGGACAAUGUAUUGUUGGUAAACGAGGAUCAUCUUACCUGUUUUGUUGAUGGUAUGUUUGCAUUGGCAGCUGCUGUUAAUAUUACUGGGAAUGACGAAAAGAAUGAAAUCUAUAUGGAGGUCGGUAGAGAAGUUACAAGAACAUGCGCAGAUAGCUAUUUUAAAUCACCCAUUGGUUUGGGUCCAGAGAUUUUUGGAUCUGAUCAAGAGACUGGUGAAAUUGCUUUAAGCGAAGUCAAUGCAUUUCUUUUAAGACCAGAGACUGUAGAGUCUAUUUUUAUUCUCUAUCGAUUAACUGGAGAUACAAUGUAUCAAGAUAGGGGUUGGGCUAUAUUUGAAGCUAUUGAAAAGUACUGUAGAAUAUCCAAUGGUUAUAUAGGUUAUAGAGAUUUUUUAACUGGUUCCAAAAAUACAGUCCAACAAAGUUUUUUAUGGCAGAAACAUUAA